AUGUCUCAACUAAAGGAUCUUCCAACCGAACUUGUUGGUACCAUUUUGUCCUAUUCAACUCUUCAAGAUAGUUUUCUAUGGAAUACAGUCAGUAAACAAUGGAAUCAAUUGCUACGUGAAUAUGUCUUUUCUCGUGUCUUUACCUAUUGUGAAUUGCAUGCUAAUAAUGAUUUUUCCUAUUCCUCUAAAGAAAUCAAGGAAAUUACAAACCAGGAUGAUGCUGGUGAUGAUGAUGAUGAUGAAUAUGGUGGAUAUCAAUCCUAUCAAUUGGAAAAUAUCUUGAUGAGAAGAGGACAUUCAGCAGUCAGUCUCGAUGAUGAAUCUAAAAUUUUGGUAUUUGGUGGAUUUUGUGGAGAUAGACAUUGUAAUGAAUUGUUUGUUGUAGAUAUUGAUAAAAAGACAGUUGAAAGAAAGGUUGAGAAUAGAACUAGUGAUAAAGAUGUUUUAGAUGAGAGUAUCAUGAUGGGUAGAUCUUUCCAUCCAAUGGUUUUAAUUUCUGAAAACAAGUUUCUUGUAACUGGUGGAUAUUGUAAUUAUACUUUGGACAAUUGUCCAAAUUUGAGAGAUACUUGGAUUAUUGAAUUUAGUGAAAAUGAUUUCAAAUUUACCAAACUUAAUCAAUCGGGAGAUGUUCCACCUCCAAUGGAAAGUCACUCAUUGGUUUAUUACAAUGGUUAUUGCAUCUCUUAUGGUGGAAGUAGCUUUUUUGAAGAUGAUGAUUUGGGAAUGAAACAUAAGGAUGUCUAUGCAUUGAAUGUUGAGAGUGGAUCGUGGACGAAACUGAGAAUUAAACAACAGGAAAGAGGACCUCCUGCCCUUACUGGCCAUUCAUGUCAUCUCAUUGAGGGAACAAACAAGAUGAUUCUCUAUGGUGGUUACGAUCAGGAAAAUUCCACUCACAAUUCAUUGUGGAUGCUUCACAUUGUUCUCCCAGAUGAAACCAAAUUCUUCAAUGAGUUUAGUUACUGGGAAGAGAUUAUUCCACAAACCAAUUCCUAUGUUCCUGAACCAACAUUGUAUCAUCGUUCUCUAUUAUUGCAGAAUAGAUUAUUGGUUGUUUAUGGAGGUGCAUUGGAUUGA